AUGGAGAAAUAUUUGCAAUUGUUGCGACAUGUUCUCAGCACCGGUCAGCGUAAAAAAAGUCGCACCGGAGUUGACACACUAAGUGUUUUUGGGAGUCAGCAGAGAUACGAUUUGAGCGAAGGUUUUCCGCUUUUAACUACCAAACGGAUUCACUUUCCGAGUCUUGUGCACGAGCUCCUUUGGUUUAUUAGCGGCCAAACUAACAUCAAGUACUUAGUUGAUCGCGGUGUGCGAAUUUGGUCAGACCACGACUUAUCCUGGUUUGUUAACCAAAUUAAAAACGAUCCAUCUUUCGCGAAAAAAUGGGGGGAUUUAGGACCGGUUUACGGUCGGCAAUGACGUAAUUUUGGCGGCGUCGAUCAACUGGCAGAGUUGAUUGAGCAAAUCAAACACCAACCUGAUUCAAGACGCCUAAUUUUGAGCGCUUGAAACCCUCCUGAAUUAGCGGCGAUGGCUUUGCCUCCCUGCCAUCUAUUGGUCCAGUUUUACGUUUCAAAAGGCACUCUAUCUUGCCAUCUUUACCAACGCUCGGCUGAUCUUUUUUUGGGCGUCCCUUUUAACAUCGCUUCUUACGCUCUGCUGACCCAAAUGAUCGCCCAAGUCUGCGGUCUUAAACCGGGCCAGUUUAUCCACACGACCGGCGAUACGCAUCUUUACAUAAACCACCUGGACCAAGCGCGCGAGCAACUAAGUCGCAAACCAUUCAAUUUACCCCGCCUAACUCUUAAUCCAGCGGUAAAAUCAAUCUUUGACUUCAAGUUUGAAGACAUCACUUUGCUAGAUUACCAGUCCCACCCUCGGAUCAAGGCGAAAGUAGCUGUUUAA